AUGGCGUCCCCCUGCACCCUCCGCCCGCUCCUCCGCGCGACAUCACGACAGUCCCUCUCCCAGGUCGCAAGGAUCGCCACAACAUCCCGCUACAAGGCCGCGGCCGCGGCCGCCACCACCCAGCGCGCAACACCAGCAAAGUCCAGCACGACGUCCAGCUACGUCAGACGGUCCCCGGCAUCGAACACCUCUCGCGCAGCCGCCCCGAAAGCGACCCUGACUUCGACGCCGGCCCCUUCAGACCCCUCCGACGCAGCCCUCGGCCCGAGCCUCUCCUCCACGACCCCCCUCCCCGACGCGCCGCCGGCGUCCUACCCCUCGGAACCUACGUCCUCCUUUGCUUCCUCCGGCGGCCCCCCGUACCAGCCGCAACAACAACAACAGCAGCAGCAGCAGGGGCAGAUUAUAGACUGGUCGACGUCGUACUACGGCCUGGGCACGCAGCGCUUCUCCAAGGAGGUCGUCGACAUCCUCCUCCAGCCCGUGAACCCGGCCGACGUGGAGGUCAAGCCCGACGGCAUCAUCUACCUGCCCGAGAUCAAGUACCGGCGCAUCCUGAACGCGGCCUUCGGCCCCGGAGGAUGGGGCCUGGUGCCCAAGGGCGAGGUGGUUGUAGGAGACAAGAUUGUGACGAGGGAGUAUGCCCUCAUUGCGGAGGGACGAUUCAUCUCCCAAGCGCAGGGCGAAAACACCUACUUCGCGCUCGAGAACCUGCCCUCGGCCGUCGAGGGCUGCAAGUCCAACGCGCUGAUGCGGUGCUGCAAGGACCUCGGCAUCGCCUCGGACCUCUGGGACCCCGUCUUCAUCCGACAGUUCAAGAAGCAGCACGCCGACGAGGUGUGGGUCGAGCACGUCACGACCAAGAAGAAGAAGUUGAUUUGGACGCGCAAGGACGUGCCUGUGGGAUACCCCUUCAAGCGGACCAACUGA